AUGGUGGCCUCAAAGAGAUUCCUCACUUCUGUGCUCAUUGCCGUUACCUACUCUUCGGUCGCAUCCGCCUUCCAAGCCAAGGAGGAUGCGUUCAGUCACUCCACUCAUCGUGUUCGCCACAUCAGUCGGGAGUUAACUGUGGAGACUUAUCAUCCAGAGUCUUCGUAUGAGACGUUCACGGAAGGUUUGGCUCCCCGGGACUAUGAACUCGAUGCUCGUGCUCCCCGAGACCUUAACUCCACUGCUCUUGCUUUUGUCCAAGAUCGUCUUGGUGUCGACGCCAGUUCGGUUGGUUUUAAAAGCGGUUAUACUGACAGGAGGGAGAAAUUUGCCUGGGUUAAACAAUACCACAGAGGCAUUCCUUUCGUCAACGCUGUGGCCAACGUAGCCUGGAAAGAUGAUAAGGUCGUUGCCUUUGGGAACUCUUUUGUCAAGCCUAAAACCAUUGCUGCUUCCCGUCCCACAAUCCCCGCCAGCUCUAUCAUUGCCAAGGUCGAAGCAGCCUUCGACGGCAAAUAUAACAAUUGGCCCAUUUCUCUCAAUUAUCUUGCUCGUCCCGACGGCUCUGCUGCUUUAGUCCACGCUGUACAAGUCCAAAACGAGGAGGUUAACAGCUGGUUUGAGGUCUACGUUGAUGCACACUCCGGAGAGAUUCUGUCCGUCACUGACUUCGUUGCCGAGGCUACUUACAAAGUACUCCCCCUUCACAAGCGUGCUAUCACGGAAGGACUUGAGACAGUAGUUGAUCCUCAAGACACAUUAGCUUCUCCUUCGGGGUGGCACUCUACUGGUACUACGUCUUUCACCACUACUGAGGGAAACAAUGUUGUAUCCUACAAGUCGUCCGUGUCCUCGACCACCUCCCAAAGUAGCUCAGACUUGGUGUUCAACUACACUUAUUCUCCUGCCGAUGCUCCUUCUGCCACUGCCAAUCUAAACGCCGCACGCGUCAAUGCCUUCUACAUCAUCAAUGCCGUACACGAUCUCGCAUACCGUUACGGUUUCACCGAGACCGCAUUCAACUUCCAGCAAAACAACUUUGGAAAAGGAGGAAAGGCGAACGAUCGUGUUAGGAUAUCGGUUCAGGAUUCUUCGGGAACCAACAACGCCAACUUCGCCACUCCCGCUGACGGUCAAUCGGGACAAUGCCGCAUGUAUAUCUGGACGUACACCACACCCAACCGAGAUGGUUCUCUUGAGAACGAUAUCAUUGUCCAUGAGAUGACCCACGGUAUUACCAACCGCAUGACUGGUGGUGGAACUGGCUCCUGCCUCCAGACCACGGAGGCUGGUGGUCUCGGAGAAGGCUGGUCAGACGCCCUCGCUUCAUGGACAGAGCAAAAGUCGGGCACUAUCACUGACUUUGUUUUGGGUGACUAUGUCACCAACAACCCCAAGGGUAUCCGCACAAACCCAUACUCCACCAGCAAAACCACCAACCCCUUGACCUACGGAUCCAUCAAGUCACUCACUGCUGUGCACAGGAUCGGCGAAGUCUGGGCCAACACCCUCCACAAUGUGUAUGCUGCACUUGUGGCUGAGCACGGAUGGUCCGCCACCGCUAAGACCAACCCCGAUGGAACCGAGGGUAAUAUCGUCUACCUCCACCUCUUCCUCGACGCACUUCGCCUCCAACCUUGCAACCCAACAUUCUUGACCGCUCGUACUGCUUGGAUCCAAGCCGAUGCUAACCGCUAUGGAGGUGCCAACAAGUGCUUGCUCUGGAAAGCCUUCGCCAGCCGUGGCCUCGGUGUCAACGCUGCCAACAAAGUUGACAACUUCGAUGUUCCUGCUGGAUGCUAA